AUGCACGGUGUAAUGUUUAUGAUUCUGGGGUGCUUCUUCACGGAAGAGCAGGGAGGCGAAGAAGUCUGGGACGAGGUGAUGACAAGGGCAGGGCUCGAAGAACAGGUGAAACAAAAAAAGGGGUUCCUACUGCGAAGUUAUUACGGAGAUGAGCUCUUUAUGGCUCUGGUGCAAGCGGGUGCUGAGCUCAAGGGAGUCACAGUGGAUGACAUUUUGGCACCCUUUGGCCAUUUCUUUGGAUCCUUCUUGAUCCAUAGAGGAGCUUCCAGUUCUUUGCUCCAAAUCCAAGGCACCACACUGCGCACGUGGUUAUCCAACCUUAAUGGAAUGCAUGAUCAUAUCCGCAUGAGUUACCCAGGCGGAAGUUCUCCAGAAAGCAAGUUCAUUGCUCCAGAAUUUUGGUGUGAAGACGGAGAUGAAACACCAGAGCAAGGGAGCAGCAUUCUCUUGCAUUAUUUCAGUCUACGGGGAGAAACACUGGUCAGUUGUGUACCGGGCAUUGUCGUGGAAGUAGCGGCUUGGCAGUUUGAUUUGGAAAUACAAAUGACCAAGCUGGAAAAGGAAGAAUCCAGUUUUACCACUUGGAAAAUCACAGCGGUCGAUCCAGCUCAGUGCUGGAAGCUUACCAGUACCAGCCAUAUUGCGGCCAUGGGGGCUGAUGGGAAGCCUACAAGGAAACAGGGUGUAGGAUUCGUCAGUAUUACUGGCCAGUCAAACGGGCAGGGAGAGAAAAAGAUCCAGUGUCCGUUUGCGCUGUUGCAAAAGACCUUGCGCCGGCAAUGUGGCUUGCAAUCAUCCCACAGAAAAGACCUCUAUGAAAAUCCUGCAUUGGAUGGCUCUGAAAAUGACAACGACAACAACAACGGGGAUGAGAGCAUUAGUGCCCCAACGAAAGCUGAUAAGGACAGUCUGCAAAUGACACUGGAACAAAUGCAAAGUAUCUUCCCCUUUCACUUGCUUGUGGAUAAAGAAUUCACCAUUCUAAGUGUUGGAGAUAGUUUACCAUCCCUCAUGAAAAAGCAGCAACUUGUGAACGACUUUGACACUCCUUUUGAGAUGUUGGGUCAGCACAUUGAAAUGUAUGUCAAGAUCACCAGACCUCAACUACCUAUCUGGGACUGGAAGGCAUUGAAAAAGUUUUCCGACCAGAAUUUCUUCCUGACGGCAAUCUCGGCGACCAGCCAACAACCAUUGGAGUUCAAGGGGUCCAUGUUCCCAGUCGGAGGUACCGCCGUCAUGUUUGCAUUAAACCCAUACAUUCGAAAUGUACAGGAAAUGCAAAGCUUUGGCCUUUUCAUGAACGAUCUACCUUUGCAUGGCUUUCAGCGUGACUCUGUCUUCCUUUCGGAAUACAUUACCCACGAAGCAGAUAGAGCGCAAUCGUUGGACAAGCUAAGUCGAAAGCUCGAAAUCGAACAGGAACUCUCCCAGACGCUCCUCUACAAUAUGCUUCCCGUCAGCGUCGCAGAUGAUCUGCGCAAGGGACACACUGUAGAACCCAAGGAAUUUGAGCACGUUACACUCUUCUUUAGCGAUAUCGUUGGGUUCACUUCGAUUUGUGACCAGGUGGACCCGUGGAGCGUCAUUGAUUUGUUGAAUCAGCUCUACAGCUGCAUGGACUAUCUGGCCGAGAAGUUCAAACUCUAUAAAGUUGAAACUAUCGGCGACGCCUACAUGUGCUGCUCGGGCCUCCCCUUCCCAGACGAAAAUCACGCCGAAAACAUUGCAAACUUUGCAGUGGCCGUAAUGGAGUGCGUCCAGCAUAUCAAAUCACCAGUCGAUUGCACCACACCCAUCAAUCUACGAAUCGGAAUUCACACGGGUAAUUGUACAGCCGGAGUGGUGGGCACACGCAGUCCGCACUACGCUCUGUUUGGAGACAUGAUCAACACCACAUCCCGCCACGAGUCGACGGGGCUUCCUGGAAAGAUCCAAUGCAGCAGCGAGCUCUUUGGACGUCUGGUACACGACUCUCCCCAUGACAAUCAGCAAUUCCAUUUGUCUCCAAGGGGUUUGGUGCAGAUGAAGGGCAAAGGCGAGCGUUUUACGUACUGGCUUGAAGAGGCGACCGACCACAACGAAUUUGCGAACCCCGUCGCUCUGCAAGCCCUUUUUAGGGAAGUGGGCAAAAUGCUGGAACAGGAGACUUGGAGGAAGAGGAAGUAUUUUGGAAGAAGUGUAUCAGAUACUGCGUCCACAGUGAACGGGCUGUCCACAUCUCCUUUGACAGAAGAGGAGGAGGAAAAGAAGGAAGGCAGCACCAAUCUCCAGGCCGAUAUUGGUGACAGCCUCGAAGAUACUCCUCCCCUCGAGUCCGAAAAGUGCAGGGCGACCUUGACAGACCUCUGGUAUAAGCAUCAUAUUGAGAGAGCAGAGUUGGUGGCAAAGGUCUACGAGACGCUUCUCCCCAUUCUACAACUUUGCAUGCUUGACAACUCCAACAGCAAGCCUUCCAUGCAAGAGGCCGUCCUGGCCGAACAACUCUUUGGUUUCAUUGAUCUAAUAUCCAAGUCAUUUCGCCGUCCGAGCAAUCCAUACCACUGCUUUCGCCGUGCUGCUCAUGUGGUUGCAUGGAGCAAUCGUCUUUUUUCGGAAAUCCAGGAUGGAGACGCUGGGGUCUCCGGCAAGGUGGACCCUGGGCCGUGGUAUCGGCUGGCCUUGACAUUGGCAGCUUUGCUACGCGACUGCAAACAUGAUGGUGUGACGGAUCAACAACUGCAAACUGAGAAGAGCGCGGUUCAUGAGAUGUACGGCGGCAAGAAAUGCCAAGCCAAGUAUUCGUUGACCCAUGGAUUGGAUAUUCUAGAAGAAGACUUCCCGGAUUUACACAAGGAACUCCGAUGGGGCUAUCCCAGUUUCUUUUCUAUCCUUCGGAAGGCUGCCUUGGUUACAAAUCCAAAGCAAGAAUUUGAGCUGGCCAUAAAGUUCCCGGUUGAAACUGAACGAGAUUUAGCCGAAAGGACAGAGUCAACGUUGUCCCUGGUCCUGAAGCUUGCUGAUUAUGGCUACUUUGCCCUGGAAUUCGAGCAAUUCAAUGACUGGAUGGAAGCCUUGUUUGCUGAACGCAGAGUUGCAAACAUCAAGAAACGAGGAGUUGACCCUUCGCCUACUUGGCACGAAGAUCGACACAAUCUGUUCAAGGAUGAAGUGCUUCCACUUGUUGCCCUUUACGAGGAGACAUUUCCGGACUCGUGUGCUCUUCGGGAUGGAGUGCUGGCAAAUCGAGCAGCACUCAACAAGAAAUGCCACGAGUCAAAGGGGCUAUUUCCUCGUCGAGGUGGCAAGUGCCCAAAGAGUAGCUAG